UAAAAUUUAACUCAACUAAAGUCUUCAGGAUGUUCGGAAAGUACAGUAAGGCCAUUUAUGGCGGCAUAGCAGUGGCCGGGGUUGUUGGGGUUUGGCGUUUCACGAGUUCGGGAAAUAGUUGUAAACCAUUCCCCACCAUACGAUCCAAACACUCUCUUGUGGCAAAGCAUGUGACCCCGGAGGUGUGGGACAAACUCUCCAAUAUCAAGACCAAGACUUCAGGUUUCACAUUGGAGAAGGCGAUGGCUACAGCUGUUGAGUUUGACAACCAGCACUGCGGGAUCUAUGCGGGAGAUGCAGACUCAUACAAAGAUUUUGCUGCUGUGUUUGAUCCGCUGAUUCAAGAGUAUCAUGGUAUCAGCCCAGAUGCCAAACAUACAUCAGACAUGAAUGUUGAUAAGAUUAAAGGAACGAUCGAUCCACGAGCACCUGUUCACUCAGUCAGAAUCCGAGUAGGUAGAUCCUUUGAGGGAUUUGGCCUGUCUCCUGGUAUUACAAAACAACAGAGACUGGACUUAGAAAAGCUUCUGCAGAAUGCAUUAAACUCAUUGGGCGGAGGUCUUAAAGGAGAAUACUAUCCUCUAACAGGAAUGAAGGAGACGAUCCGACAGCAACUCGUAGAUGAUCAUUUCCUCUUUGUGUCUGGAGAUCCAAACCUUAAAGUUGCUGGGAUGGAAAGAGAUUGGCCCGAAGGACGUGGAAUCUACCACAAUAAAGAAAAAACUUUCCUGGUUUGGGUAAACGAGGAGGAUCAAACACGCAUCAUCUCAAUGCAGAAGGGAGGUGAUGUCAGAGCAGUCUUCAAAAGACUAGCUGCAGGAAUAGAAGCCGUUGGAAAGUCUGUGAAAGCAGCCUCGGGAAAAGAAUUUUUACUGGACGAGAAGUACGGCUACAUUCACUCCUGCCCUACAAAUCUUGGAACUGGAAUGAGGGCAUCGGUCCAUGUUGACCUUCCCGGAUGGACAGCUGAAGGUCUGGGUACACUACAAGCACGAUGUGAACAGCUCAACUUGCAGCCCAGAGGUACAAGAGGUGAAUCUGGUGGACAAACUGGAGUAACCUAUGAUAUCUCCAACAAGCACAGACUAGGAUAUUCAGAGGUGGAGCUAGUACAAACCAUGAUAGACGGAGUCAACACUUUGUACAAAGAAGAUCUAAAAUUACAGAGAAAACAUAAAUUGAUCCAAUAGAUUGUGGACACUACAACAUUCGGACUCUCGUAAACAAUCUAAAUUGAUCGCAAUUCUAGUGAACUGGACUUUUGACAUCUAAUUUUAUUUAACAAACAAUGUACAUAUGUUAUGGAAUUAAUACCUAAUAAGUAAAA